UCCCAGGAGAUGCUGGAAGCUCUCAAGGCGCUCUCCACCUUCUUCUUCGAGAACAGUUUGCGGACCCGGAGAAACCUGCGCGGAGACAUCGAGCGUCGAAGCCUGGCCAUCAAUGAGGAAUUUGUACACAUAUUCAAGCAGGUUAAAGAGGAACUUGAGAGUAUAAAUGAAGAUGUGCAAGCGAUGAGCAGCUGUUGUGAAGAUAUGUCUAGCCGUUUGAAGGCAGCAAAGGAACAAACCCAGGACUUGAUAGUGAAAACAACAAAACUCCAAGCAGAAAAUCAGAGACUGGAAAUGAAAGCACAAGUUGCAGAUGCAUUCAUAGCAAAAUUCCAGCUGACACCGGAUGAAAUGAGCCUCCUUCGAGGCACAAAAGAUGAGCCAAUUACUGAGGAUUUUUUCAAGGCAUUGGGAAGAGUAAAGCAAAUUCAUGAUGAUGUCAAGAUCCUCCUCCGGACAAAUCAGCAAAGGGCAGGCUUGGAAAUUAUGGAACAGAUGGCUUUACUGCAAGAGACAUCCUAUGAACGACUUUACAGAUGGACUCAAAAUGAGUGCAGAACUUUGACACAAGAAUCGUGUGACAUUUCUCCAGUUCUCGCUCAAGCUAUGGAAGCCUUACAAGAUAGGCCUGUCCUAUAUAAGUAUACUUUGGAUGAGUUUGGGACAGCGAGGAGGAGCGCAGUAGUUCGUGGUUUUAUAGAUGCUCUCACCAGAGGAGGUGCAGGAGGUACACCCCGUCCCAUCGAAAUGCAUUCCCAUGAUCCCUUGAGGUAUGUAGGAGACAUGCUGGCCUGGUUGCAUCAAGCUACAGCUUCUGAGAAAGAACAUUUAGAAGCCAUGUUAAAGCUUGUAACUGUUCAAGGCGUGGAAGAAAAUAUUCAAGAAGUAGUUGGGCAUAUCACAGAAGGUGUCUGCAGACCCCUGAAGGUUAGGAUUGAGCAGGUGAUUGUUGCUGAACCAGGAGCAGUUUUACUCUAUAAGAUUUCUAAUCUUCUCAAGUUCUACCACCAUACAAUCAGUGGUAUUGUAGGGAACAAUGCAGCCACACUGCUAACAACAAUUGAAGAAAUGCAUUUGCUGAGCAAGAAGAUAUUCUUUAACAGCCUGAGUCUUCAUGCAAGUAAACUAAUGGACAAGGUUGAACUGCCCCCUCCAGACCUUGGCCCCAGCGCUGCGCUGAAUCAAACACUGAACCUGCUGCGGGAGAUUCUGGCGUCUCACGACUCAUCUGUGGUUCCUUUGGAUGCCCGUCAAGCUGACUUUGUGCAGGUUCUGUCCUGUGUGCUAGAUCCAUUACUACAGAUGUGUACUAUGUCUGCCAGUAGUUUAGGCACAGCAGAUAUGGCAACCUUCAUGGUAAAUUCACUCUAUAUGAUGAAGACGACUUUGGCUCUCUUCGAGUUCACUGACAAACGUCUAGAAAUGUUACAGUUUCAGAUUGAAGCUCAUUUAGAUACACUCAUAAAUGAACAAGCUUCCUACGUGUUAACGAGAGCUGGUCUAAGCUACAUAUACAACACAGUGCAGCAACAUAAACCACAACAGGGUCCACUUUCAAAUUUACCAAGUCUAGACUCAGUAUCCUUGAAGGCUGCAAUGGCUCAGUUUGAUCGCUAUCUGUCUGCUCCAGAUAGUCUAUUAAUGUCCCAGCUGAAUUUCCUCCUGAGUGCCACUGUGAAAGAGCAGAUAAUAAAACAGUCAACGGAACUGGUCUGCAGAGCUUACAGUGAGUUAUAUGCAGCUGUGAUGAACCCCUCAAAUGAAUAUAAGGAUCCAGAAACCAUCCUGCACAGAACUCCUCAUCAAGUCCAGACAUUACUUUCAUAGUCUUGCUUCCCCCAGAAUUACCAGAAUUCGUCAUACUGUGUUUGCUUGUAUUGUAUUUUUCUGUAUUGAGUUUUGAAUUAUAACUAUACAAUUAGAAUAUGUAGGAAUGCAAUUCUGCUUAAUCUGCUCGAGAGAAGUCUAGUCUUUCCUGUGUCUUGAAUAUUUCUGUAGGCCAGAAAAUAGAGUAUAAAUUAAAACUUAUUUUAAUAUGUUUCUGUAACAGACAUGGGCCUUCACAAUAUGCAGUCUCUUUGAAAAAGGGAGUAAAGGAGAAAGAAGCUUUUGCCUUGCUGUACAUAAUCCUUUCAAUUCUCUUAUAACCUCAUCAUUAUUUUUAUUUGCUCCUUUCCCUGUUCAUUCAUUCUCUUGUUCUCAGCCUACCAUCAAUAAACACUGAUCCUGUAUAAUUUCACUACAACUGAUGUACUUUUGAAUGUCUUGAGAUACAUUGGUUUUACAGCCUAUAGAUCAUUUCAGAAUAGUUGAUGCUGUUUUUGAAAUCCGACUGAUGAAAUCCGACUGAGACAGAAUUUGUGUGCUUUUUGUGGGGUUUUUGAUACGUUAUCUGUGUUGCCAGUUCUGUUGCUUCCUGUAAGAAAAGGAAAUACUUGAACUACUUGAAUGUACAUAAUCUGGAAUGUCAUGUUUUAAGACAUAUUUUUAUAAUUUUCCUUUACUGUGAUGGAUUUUGUUUUAGAGCAGUUCCUCUGCAAGAAUCUUUGUAUCCAUUGAAACUUGCAGGUGGAACUCUUAAGGUUGUGUCCAGUAACAGUGUAGGUUUGGAAGGCGAUUUGCACAGCAGCCAUUCCUCCUUCCCGUAUAUAUCAUCUUUUUGUUUGCCUGGGUUUUGUUUGUUUUCUUUUGUGGGUUUUUAAUUUCUUUUUAGUACAGAAAAAGUUCAAUUUCUUUAGAACAAACGUUUUCAGCUCAUAAGAUUUUAGUGGUUCACGUCUGCAGUGGUGCAAACGUAGCAGCCCUAAGUUGUUCUGGGGACUGUGUAGGAAAGCCAGGGUAUGUAGCUGUGCCUGGCUCCGGGUAGGGAGCCACGAGUGAGGGGUUUGUUGCUUCCCUCCUUCGAUAUAAAGCUGAACAUGCUCCCUCUGGAAACUAGAGAGAGAGCUGUAAUUCGGGUGACCUUUCCUUCUAGUAAAGAGUAAAUUGUGUAAUAAAUAGGACACUUGUUCUGUCGUGCCUCAUGAUAAUUUUGCGUAUUGAAGAAAACGUAGUCUGCUUUCAGGGAAGCCUUUUAAUCCCCAAGAUGUCAGGAAAUAAAAGGUUAGCGUAAAGAGUUUGGUGGGGAGUGGUUUAAGAAGGAUUUUGGAAAGUUCUUGGGAGAAUCUUUUUUUCAUUUUCUCUUGAGUUUUUCUAUGAGUAUUACACACUUAUUACACACUUAUUGCAGUUGUUGUUGCGUAUUUAUGUAUGUUAAGGGAGAGAUGAGCAGUCAUUCAUAUUGAAUCAGUUAAAUUUAAGAUAGAUGUUUUUAUUAAUGAUAAUAUAUCCCAUAUAAAGUAUAUACUUAGUGGCAGCCAAAGCUGCAGUUUAGUGAAUGUUUAUGAAAGAGCAAGGAGUAGAGAGAAGCAGCAACAGAACAUUUUCAUCUCUUGAAAAACUCAUUACACAAGUCAUACUCAGUGCACUCAGAAACCAGCUUUGGUAGUAAUACCACUCUAAAGCAGUAUCUCCCUUUUUAAUGGGCAAAAUUUGUUGGCUUAAUGUAAAUAAGAUUUGAAAGUUUAAGUGUCUCUUGCGUUCUUGGGUCAGAUGUAAUAUUCCAAUUUAUGAAAGAAUUUAUGUUUGGACUUACUCCAUGUAGAAACUCCAACUCCACUAGAUAAAGAAAUCAGGAAAGUUAGAAGAGCUCCAGUUAUGCUUUCUAAGGCACUUUAAAUGAUUCAGACUUUGCAUUAGUGUAGUGUAUAUAUUUAGAAGGCUAUUUUUUUUUGUCGUUUAAUAUGUUAACAUUGCUUAAUAUGCUUAAAAUUGUUAUCUAGUAUGUGAAAAUUAUAUCACUUGUGAAAGGGUUAUAGAUUAUCUUAUUAAUAACAAGCUCAAGAGAACUUUUACCUCAAAAUACAAAUGAACCUGUCUUCAGUAA